AUGGCCACCGAACUCCAAGAACUUCCCCGACACAUGCGCAGCCCAGGCGAAGAUGGCUAUCGAACCCCAACAAUCGAGGAUGCCGAGCGCGCACUCUCGAUCCUCGGCGCCGUCGAAGAUAGUUCCAGUUUGCGCGAUGUCCAUUCUUCCGCCCUGGAAGCUGCGCUACAGCGUGCUUCGUCGCGGGCAACUCUGAAAUCGAAGCCAGAUAGAGAACCCGGGACUUGCCGGGAUCAUAACGGGCUGGGCCUGUCCGGGCAUGAACGUACGGCGUCGGGGGAGUUGGGAUGGAAGAAGCGCAUUCGACAUGUUACUUGGGCUUAUUUUACGUUGACGAUGGCGACGGGGGGGCUUGCUAAUGUAUUUUAUGAAGUCCCAUUCCGAUUCAGAGGCCUUGAUACAAUUGGCAUCGUGGUAUUCCUCAUCAAUAUCGCUCUAUACCUCCUCAUCUGGACAGCGCUACUCAUCCGCUUCUACAAUUUCCCUUACACAUUCAAAGCAUCCCUAAUGCACCCCACUGAAUCACUAUUCGUCCCCGCAGCAAUAGUCUCCUUCGGCACAAUCCUGAUCAACAUCUCGCAAUACGGACCGCAAAAUACCGGCCCCUGGCUAAUGCGCGCAGUCUGCAUUCUCUUCUGGAUCGACGCUGCGCUCGCCGUCAUGUUCUCGGCGGGCAUCUAUCUUCUCCUCUGGUCGACGCAGACGUUCACGAUAGCCCAGAUGACGCCCAUUUGGAUCUUCCCCGCGUACCCGAUGCUGAUCAUUGGUCCGCAUGCUGGGAUUCUCAGUUCGAAGCUGGAGCCCUCGCAGUCUCUGCCGGUUAUUAUUGGCGGGGUGACUAUUCAGGGCGUUGGGUUUUUGGUUUCGUUGAUGGUUUAUUCGGCGUUUAUCUAUCGGUUGAUGACGCAGAAGUUGCCGAGGGAGAAUCUGAGGCCGGGUAUGUUUGUUUCGGUUGGUCCGAGUGGGUUUACCGUGGCUGGGUUGGUGAAUAUGGCUGCUGGGGCGCGGAGGUCGUUUCCAGUGGAUUUUAUGGGGAAUGGGCUGUUGGCGGCGGAUGUGUUCAGGUUUGGGAUUAAUUUUUCGUGUCUUUGGCUUUGGGGGUUGGCAAUAUUCUUCUUCCUCAUUGCAGGUGCUGCCCAUUGGUCGGCGAUCGGACAUGGCCGCAUUGAUUUCUCAAUGACCUGGUUCUCGUUCAUUUUCCCUAAUACUGCAUUGAUCACUGCUACCUUCGCUAUUGGGCAAGCAUUCUCUUCCAAGGCUAUAAACAUUGUUGGGUGUGUGGCGGUGUUCCCGCUGCUGUUGAUGUACUUCUUUGUGUGUUAUAUGAUGAUCCGGGCUAUUAUAACGCGACAGAUCCUGUGGCCGCAGAAGGGUGAGGAUAGAGAUGAGGGUGGUUUCGAGAUCGUUCGGGUGAAGCCAGCUGCUUCGCCUGGGGAUGAAAGUGCUAGUCCUGCAUGA